UCAUCAUCUUGCGCACGGAGCGGUCACUCAUCAGCGGCGCAGUCAUGUCGAGGUCUUUCUACGUGGAUUCUCUAAUAAUCAAGGAUACGGUGCGACCUGGACCGGUCGAGCAUCCAGGACAAGACUUCCUCAUCCCCAUCAGCAUGCACUCCCCGAGCAUGAUGACAGUCACCGCUCCGGUGUGCCCGUCCAGGAAGAAUGGCACGUUCUGCGUUUGCCCGCUCUGCGUCACGUCCCACAUCCACUCUUCUCGUGGCGGGAUUCCCAUGCUGAAGAGUCAGUUUCCAGGAGUGGAGGCGCAGUACUGUCAGAGACUAGCGCAACAGUCUCCUGCGCUCGCGCACUCUGGACAUACACCUGUCUGCACGCCCACCUUCAGCGUCACAGAUCCCAGGAGAUACCACUGUCUCUCUAUUGGUACUUCCGAAAACAACCACAUACAGAAUGGCAAGAGGAUGCGCACGGCUUUCACAAGCACGCAACUCCUGGAACUUGAAAGGGAGUUUUCAGCCAACAUGUAUCUCUCGAGACUCAGAAGAAUCGAAAUUGCCACGUAUUUGAAUCUGUCAGAAAAGCAGGUGAAAAUCUGGUUCCAAAACCGCAGAGUGAAGCACAAGAAAGAGGGCAAAGCCACCCAGAGGAGCGCGCACAGCGGUUGCAAGUGCACAACCGCGCACACGGACUAUCCACGAUCAGAGGAUGAGGAGUCUUUAUCUCCGGUCUCCGCUUCCGAAGAUAAAGAGGUGUCACCUAUGUGAGAGAAACUCGAAACUGCAAGUACCAGUCCUGGCACUUAACUCUGCCCCCGCAUGCUGCAGUUAUGGAUCGUGUCUUCACGCAACCUCUGAGCCAAAAAAAUGUCCUGCAUGAGAAGAAGUGUUGAGAAGAUUCACUGUUUUUUUUUUGAUCAUGUACAUUCCUGUUUAUUUUAAAGAAAAAACAAAACUGUGACUAGUUUUUCACGAUAUAAUAAUAUGACCUACUUUAUGUAAAAGACUGAUGCUACUUUGUUAUUCACGGGGUUCGCGCUUCCUUUCCUGUUGCUGUCAGUUAUCCCCGGUAAACUGUCAAACACUGUCGUGAAGUUGUGUGGUCGAAGAAAUAGAUAUAGUGCAGGUCUGAUGUAGACCUGCAGCUUGCACGCUUGGAUUUGUAUACAAUAUGCAUAUCUGUAUUUAUUGUAAUAAA